AAAUGUCGAGGGAGUAACUGUGGGAGUGUCCUCUCAUCUUUGCUCACCUUCAUAUGGGCUUGGCGUUCAGUUUGUUAGGAACUGUGCCUGAGCAUAUCCAAGCUGAAUCAAUCAACUUCUAAACAAAAUUGGCAAAAGAAAAACCCCAGAAAACUCAACAGGAUGGGCAGCGUUCAAAGCUUCAGAGAAUUCUGUGAUCGUACUAAAAAUACAAAUGUUCGUCUUAGUCUUCCAGCAGUGUGUAUCGUUUGGCAAACAGCUAUGAUUAUCUUGUUUGGAGUUUUUAUUCGUUAUGAUGAGGAGUCCGAUGCACACUGGAUAGAGCACCGGAAAAUAGAAAAUAUAUCAAGUGACAUUGAGAAUGACUUCUACUUCAGAUACCCAAGUUUUCAAGAUGUCCACGUGAUGAUCUUCGUGGGCUUUGGUUUCUUGAUGACUUUUCUCAAGCGCUACAGUUUUGGUGCCGUGGGUUUCAACUUCCUCAUCGCAGCAUUUGGCCUCCAAUGGGCGCUCCUAAUGCAGGGCUGGUUCCACUCCCUGGAUUACACUGAUGGAAAGAUCAAAAUUGGCGUUGAAAAUUUAAUUAAUGCAGAUUUCUGUGUGGCGGGCUGCUUGAUUGCCUAUGGAGCCGUGCUUGGUAAAGUCAGUCCAGUCCAGCUGAUGGUCUUGACCCUGUUUGGCAUCACAUUGUUUGCUGUGGAGGAAUAUAUCAUCCUCACUGUUAUACACGCUCGAGAUGCGGGAGGCUCCAUGGUGAUCCACACAUUCGGCGCUUAUUAUGGCCUUGCCAUCUCGUGGAUGCUCUAUCGACCCAACCUGGAUCAGAGCAGUCGUCUUCAGGGCUCAGUUUACCACUCGGAUGUCUUUGCUAUGAUAGGAACUCUCUUCCUGUGGAUGUUCUGGCCCAGUUUCAAUUCAGCUAUCGCCGACCACGGCGACGGGCAGCACCGAGCCGCCAUCAACACUUACCUGGCUUUGGCUUCAACAGUGCUCACCACUGUGGCUUUCUCGAGCCUCUUCCAGAAGCACGGCAAACUUGACAUGGUCCACAUUCAAAACUCCACUUUGGCUGGUGGUGUUGCGGUGGGAACUGCAGCAGAAUUUAUGCUGAUGCCCUACGGGUCUCUGAUAGUUGGGUUCUGCUGCGGUGUCAUUUCCACAUUGGGUUAUAUCUUCCUCACGCCAUUUAUGGAGAAGCACCUGAAGAUUCAAGACACGUGUGGAAUCCACAACCUCCACGCCAUGCCAGGGCUCAUAGGUGGCAUUGUGGGCGCUAUUACUGCUGCAGCUGCCUCUGAGUCGGUGUAUGGUAAAAAAGGACUGAUCAACACCUUUGACUUUGAGGGUGCUUUUGAACACAUGACCCCCACAAGGCAAGGUGGUCAUCAGGCUGCAGGCAUCUGUGUGGCUGUUUGUUUUGGUGUGGGUGGAGGCAUCAUGGUUGGUUCUAUUUUAAGAUUACCCAUCUGGGGCGACCCGGCGGAUGACAAUUGCUUUGAUGAUGAACCCUACUGGGAGGUGCCUGAUGAGGAGGAGAGUAUUCCACCAGUCCUACAGUACAACAAUCACAUGCUCAACAAAGAUAUAACCGAGUCAAAUUUCACCAUGGAGCAGAACUGACCCAAUGUCUUGAUGAUGGUGGUUUGCUGGUCUCUGUUAGUCCCUUUUUAUAAUCUUGCUGAUACAAUAGUUCAUUCCAAAAAAAUGUGUAUUGUCCAACCAGUGAGUAUAUUUCUAGAAAUUUAGGUUGGAUAAACAAUCUAACGUGUAAAUAAUCGGUCAAUUGAUCAGUUUGUUUAGUUAAAUGGUUUCCAUGGUCUAAUUCAAGACAGUAUUUACUCAAGUGAAUUCACAGUACGAAUUUGGCCCCUUAAACAAGCAGGACACAAUAACUCUGAUCUUUUCUGAUCUAAUGUUGAUUUGUUGUUGUCUGAGAUUUCCAGAUUGCAAUGAUGUUAAUGCCGGAUAAAAUGUUUUUUGUGUGAUGACGGGUAAAAUUAGAAUGGAUCACUGGAACGCUGUUUGCAUUGUUCGCUUGUGGUUCGCUUUGUGUGUCGAAUCCAGCCACACUUGCUUGAUGUCAUGGUUUUAAAUUUUGGGUUGAAAUUAUGAAGUACUGUAUAGGCCUAAAAACAGUCGUCUCAUUUUUCACAUGGAUGUUUUGAUGUACGACUUUGAGGUUUUUGUGUGUCUGCCAGUCUGUCUGCUUGCCUGUUAUUUGGUAUAGUGAGAGAAUUUCUGGUGCGUGUGAGACUUUUUUUUUUUUUAAUGUUUAGUGAGAUUUUUUGUGGGAGGUAAAUGUUAUUUUUGGAUGUAUAAAAAUCGUCAACUUCAAUGAGUCACUGGACAAGUUCAUCUUUUUUGCUGUGUGUUCAUGGUAUGUAAAGAAAAUAUUUGCAACUUAUAAAUUCCAGAUUUGAUUGAUUUUG